CACAAAAUAUACAUCACAGACCUAACUCGAUGGAGACGUCAACGGACCUUCUUAGACACCAAAGUAUUCACAAGGAUGAGCGGACCUAUGCAUGCUCAGAGUGCGGGAAAUGUUUCAUUCGCAAAGCAGACCAUGUUAAACACCAGAGAAUUCACACAGGUGAGCGUCCUUAUUCAUGUUCAGAGUGCGGGAAAUCUUUCAAUGAGAAAGGAGACCUUAACAAGCACCAGAGAAUUCACACGGGGGAGCGUCCUUAUUCAUGUUUAGAGUGCGGGAAAUCUUUCAUAGCAAAAGGAGCCCUUGGUAAACACCAGAGGAUUCACACAGGUGAACGUCCUUAUUCAUGUUCAGAGUGCGGGAAAUCUUUCACUUCUAACACAGACCUUGUUAAACACCAGAGGAUUCACACCGGUGAACGUCCUUAUUCAUGUUCAGAGUGCGGGAAAUCUUUCACUUCUAACACAGACCUUGUUAAACACCAGAAAAUUCACACGGGUGAGCGUCCUUAUUCAUGUUCAGAGUGUGGCAAGUCUUUCCCUCAUAAAGGAACCCUUGUUAAACACCAAAGAUGUCACACGGAUGAGCGUCCAUAUUCAUGUUUACAUUGCGGGAAAUCAUUCAGUUAUAAAGGAUACCUUGUUCAACACCAGAAAUUUCACAAAGGUGAGCGUCCUUAUUCAUGUUCAGAGUGCGGGAAAUCUUUCAUUCAGAAAGGAUCCCUCGUAAAACACCAGAGGACUCACACGGGUGAGCGUCCCUAUUCAUGUUCAGAGUGCGGGAAAACUUUCACUCAUAAAGAAGUACUUGUUCAACACCAGAUCAUUCACACAGGUGAGCGUCCUUAUUCAUGUACCGAGUGCGGGAAAUCAUUCACUAACAAAGGAGCACUUUGGAAACACAAGAUAAUGCACACGGAUAAGAGUCCUCGUUCAGAGUGUGAGAAAUCUUUUACCGAGAAACAUGAACUUCUUAAACACCAGAGAAAACAUA